AUGGCCUCUUAUGGCGUGAAAAGCUUCUCACUCAACAAGCCCACCAAUACCCACAACAAUAACAACAAAGAAGGAACAUCUUCAAGGCUAUCCAAAUCACAGAUCGUCUACAGGAGCAAGCAAAGGAGGUGUAAUGUAGCAUAUGUGGCGAAGCGACUGUUGAAGAGCACCGGCAAGGCCACGUGGAUCGCCGGAACCACUUUCCUCAUCCUUGCCCUUCCCCUCAUCAUCGAGACGGGUCGCGACGAGCAGCUUAUUGAGCUCGAAUUGCAACAGGCCAGACUUCUUGGUACUCCACCGCACUGGGUUUUAGAUUGGUUGGAGAAUAUUAGGGUUUUGAGGAUUGGGGUUUUAGAAAUGGGAAUUUGGUGGGUUUUGCUGGACCCUGAUUAUCGUCCUGUACUUAUGUGUUGGGGACAGUCACAGUCACAGCUUUUAACUGGAUUUCUAGUUGCUAUUUUAGAGUAUGUGUUAGGUGAUAAUUUGCGGCAGCAGUCUAAUUGUUGUUCCAAUAAGUUGAAGAUUUAUAUGGAUAUCAACAAGCUUGAUCUAAGUGUGCCAUCCCUUAACUGA